AUGAAAGGUUUGAAGGCUUGUUUGAGGCAGACAUACAGCGCCGUGACAAAAGAUCUUUUUGAUACCCAUAAUGCUCCACAGUGGAAACCCUUGCUGUACAACCUGGCUUUUUUGCAUACAGUUAUUCAAGAAAGAAAAAAGUUUGGAGCCAUAGGUUGGAAUAUUCCGUAUGAAUUUAACAUGGCUGACUUCACGUCGUCCGCGAUGUACCUGCUCAAUUAUUUUGAAGAUGCUGAUCUCAGAAAAGGAGUAUCGUGGAACAGCAUCAGAUACAUGUUAGGAGAAAUUCAAUAUGGCGGGAGGGUAACUGACAAUUGUGACAACCGACUGCUAAACUCCUACAUGCAAACUUGGUUUGGCGAGCACAUCAUGGAUAAAUCAUUCCAGUAUUUUAAUGGUUACAAAUUACCAAGUUUCAAAACAAUGAGCGAAUACAGAGCUUAUAUAGACAAUCUUCCAUCAGUUGACAGGCCGGAAGUAUUUGGUCUCCAUGGAAACGCUGAUCUUUUGUAUCAAUCAAAUACUGCGGGAUCCAUGCUGUCAUGCAUACUCAAUAUUCAACCUAAAACGGUGUCAACGAGUAGCAGUGCUGGAAAAAAAGAUGAAGGAGGCAAAGAAGUGGAGUCAAGAGAGAAUACAGUUAAGGAGCUAGUAGAUAGCAUGUUAAAGAAAAUGCCAGAAGAAUAUAAUGAACACCUGUUGUCAGAACAACUGCAAAAGUUGGGUGUCAUUCAACCGAUGACAAUAUUUUUGAAGCAAGAAGUGAUGAGGAUGAAAAAGUUGCUUUCAUCAAUCCACGUCACGCUCAACAAUUUGCAGCUUGCCAUUGAAGGAAGUAUAUGCAUGUCAGAUGAAUUGCAAAACAUAUUGGACAGUCUCUACGACGCUAUUGUUCCUCAUGGAUGGGUCAAGGGAUUUCUUACUGCCACCUUGCAGGAAAUUGCGAGAAAACACAGUGGCUGGUCACUUGAUAAUGUUUCUAUUGUUUGUGAAGUCAGCAAGGUAUUCAAAGAAGAUGUUUCUAUGGUACCCAACGAAGAUCUAAACCAUGUGAUAGUGGCAGCAGGGGGUUUUGACCAGUCUACUAAAGCUAUUUCCGCAUCUGGCGUUUUGUCGAAUUUAUUAUUUGCAAAUCAUAAAGAAGCAAAUACAGGAAUUUUGCUUCAUGCAAAAGAUGCAACUAAUAACGGAUAUAGCCGAACUGUUGUGCAGUGCAAAGAUAAAGAUGUGUUAGUUAUGUUAGUAAAUCUGUGUCACGAAAGUCAUGCAGAUGAAGUAUGGAUAUCAGAAGGAACUUCAUCACAAAAAAUAUUCGUUCCUGUACAUACAAUAUUUUCCAGCAUGCCAAUAGAUGUACGACAAUCUCUCAUUGGAUUUCACUCAAUAACUGGAUGUGACACAACCAGUCAACCAAAUGGUAUUAGCAAGAAAACUGCAUGGGAAUUUUAUAAAAAAUCUUGA